GGCGGGCGCCGGUUACCCGGGAGGGCGGGGCCGUGGCGACCAGCCUCGUCUCCGGCGACCCCGCGUCCCGUGCGCCCCGCCUCCCGAGCCAUGGGCGCACAGCCCCCCAACUUCUCCUGGGUGCUCCCGGGCCGGCUGGCGGGGAUGGCGCUGCCGCGUCUCCCCGCCCACUACCAGUUCCUGCUGGCGCAGGGCGUGCGGCACCUGGUGUCGCUGACGGAGCACGGGCCCCCGCACGGAGACCGGUUCCCCGAGCUCGCCCAGCACCGCCUGCGCGUCCCCGACUUCUGCCCGCCAGACCCCCAGCAGAUCGACCGCUUCGUGCAGAUCGUGGACCAGGCCAACGCGCGGGGAGAGGCCGUGGGAGUGCACUGUGCCCUGGGCUUCGGUCGUACUGGCACCAUGCUAGCCUGUUACCUAGUGAAGGACCAGGGCUUGGCUGCAGGAGAUGCCAUCAGUGAGAUUCGUCGCCUGCGACCUGGAUCCAUAGAGACCUACGAGCAAGAGAAAGCAGUCUUCCAGUUCUACCAGCGAACAAAAUAAGGGGUCUUGAAAUGAGGGGUCUCAGAAGUCUUCUACUAGCACCUCAGCCCCCUAUUCUAUGUGGGGCAUGCGGCCAGAGAGGAAGGAAAGUGAAAUACUAAGCCCUCCAGCUUGCAUUGGCUCCCAUUGGACUGAAGUAGGCAGCCCCGACUAGUAGGCAGGUCCCAAAUGAAAAAAUGGCUGCGACCCUAUGGAAGUGAAAAGAACGGGACCCUGCACUGCUUCCUUGAAUAAAUGAUUUGUCCAGCUCACACUGGACAGCACUUUACAAAGCACUCUCACACAUCAAUUUAAGCUUCAUGCUAGCUCUGUGAUAUGGGAAUGG